GUUCCAAAGAUUUUCAGUGGGAAUUUGUUCAUGGCUUGUUUGAAAAUGCAAUUUAUGGAGGCCGCGUAGAUAAUUACUUCGAUAUGAGGGUUCUUCGAUCCUACUUGGAGCAGCUUUUCAAUUCAAAAGUCAUUGGCAGUUUAAAUGCUAGAGGCAAGAAGAUGACUAGUUUCCCAUUUUCAAUCUCGUUACCAAAUUCCUGCAGUAUUUUGGACUACCGUAAUAUUAUUGAAAGCCUUCCAGAAGAUGAUAAACCUGACUUUUUUGGCCUGCCUGCUAAUAUUGCUCGUUCAUCACAACGUAUGAUCAGUUCCCAGGUCAUUUCACAGCUUCGGAUGCUGAGCAGGUCAGUAACUGCUGGCUGCAAAUUUGACAGAGAAAUAUGGUCUACUGAACUUUCUCCUGUUCUCAACCUAUGGAAGAAACUUAAUCAGAAUUCUAACCUGAUUCAUCAGAAGAUGUCUCCUCCUGUGGAGCAACAAGGGUCUCCAAUCUUAUCAUUCAUUACUCUGGAACAAUUCAGUGCCAUUCGCCUUGUGCAAAGUGUCCAUCAGUCACUUGCUUCUUUAAGUAAAGUCAUCAGAGGUACCUCAUUACUGAGUUCUGAAGUACAAAGACUAGCAAGUGCUCUGCUAAAUCAGAAGUGUCCCCUCGCCUGGCAAAGCAAGUGGGAAGGUCCAGAAGAUCCUUUACAGUAUCUUAGAAGUCUUGUAGCUCGAGCACUUGCUAUACAGAAUUGGGUAGAAAAAGCUGAGAAACAGAAACUACUGUCAGACACCCUUGACCUCUCAGAGCUAUUUCAUCCAGACACAUUUCUCAAUGCCUUACGCCAGGAGACUGCAAG